AUGUCUCAAUCCGGGUUGGUUUUCCCCCUCCCCUCCAGUCGAGCCUCAACUGUCCGCGUCGACGAACCAUUUGAUGGGCGAACCUCCCUACCGCUCGCAACGCAGCGCAAUGCUAACCCGGUUUUCCCCACCAGAGCGACCGUGUCUCAGGAGUGCAUAACGGCCUACAACGACCUUAAGCUCUCCAAGAAGUACAAGUUCAUCAUCUACAAGCUCUCGGAUGACAACAAGGAGAUCGUCGUCGAGGAGGCCUCGGCCGAUAAGGACUGGGACACCUUCCGCGAGAAGCUGAUCAACGCCACGACCAAGUCCAAGAGUGGCGCUGUCGGCAAGGGCCCCCGCUACGCCGUCUACGACUUCGAGUACAGCCUUGCCUCCGGUGAGGGUGAGCGCAACAAGAUCACCUUCCUCGCCUGGUCCCCCGAUGAUGCCGGUGUUAUGGCCAAGAUGGUCUACGCUUCUUCCAAGGAGGCCCUCAAGCGCUCGCUCACCGGUAUUGCGACCGAGCUCCAGGCCAACGACCCCGAUGACAUCGAGUACGACUCCAUCCUCAAGACCGUCAGCAAGGGCAUGGCCGGUUAA